AUGGGCAGCGCCGCAGAUGUUGGGCAAGUUGUUAAGGUCUACUGGGCGCUGCUGUUAGGAAACAUUCUGGAAUGGUAUGAGUUUGCCAUCUACAGCUUCUUGGAGCCGUACUUGGAAACUCAAUUUUUCAACGGCUCAGCGAUUUCAACUUGGCUCGGAUUUGCUUGUACAUUUGCAGCUCGUCCAUUUGGUGGAAUCGUUCUUGGUCUUCUCGGCGACAUCUUCGGUCGGAAGGUCUCAACGUUCCUCUCCAUUUGUGGAAUGGUCAUUGGCACAGUCGGCCAAGGAUUAGUGCCCAGCUACCAGAGUGGCAAAGUCGCAGGGACCAUCGGCCUGGUUCUGCUGGUGGCGCUGCGACUUCUACAAGGCAUUUGCACCGGAGGGGAAAUUGCAGCUGUCUCCACCUACAUCACCGAAGUCGGUCCCAAAAGAUCGCUGGCAAGGUCGAUGGCAUUGAUCGGCAGCACAGCCAACAUCGGCUUUUUGCUCGCUCAGUGUGCCAGCUAUCUGACACGCGAGGCCGUCGGCGCGUCUGCUAUGGAAAGCUGGGCUUGGCGGAUCCCCUUCGUCAUUGCUGUGAUCCCAGGUGUCAUUGCAACUGCUGGGAGACGCUGCAUUCCAGAAUCGCAGGUCUUCCUCGAUGCCAAGACUCAGACAGAAGCAACAUCGGACGUGUCCGAUGGCGGUUCCGAGACUGCUGAUGCCACCUCGGGCGACUCGGCAGGCUCGCAAUCGCAAGGCGCAGCGCGCCAGGCGGUCGCCCGCAUCAAGCACCUUGUGAAGUCACACUGGCCGUCGCUGCUAAUUGGAAUCGGCAGUGUGGCUGGAGUAUCCGUUUUGCAGUACGGUGGGUUCCUUUGGGGCAAUGUUUUUUUGAAGAAGCAUGGUGCGACGCCUGACAGCUUAAUAGCAGCCGGAAUUACAGCACGCUUACUGGCUGUAGUUCUUGCGCCCUUGGUGGGGUGGCUUGCUGACACAGUUGGAGUCGGUUGGAUCCAGCUUGCUGGUGCAUUUGCUCUGACCUUGGGUGGAUUACCGCUCUUCCUCGUGCAAAAGUGGAUGCCCGAGAGCUUCGGGGUGGUGAUGGCAGCUUAUGGAGUAGGAUACGGAACGAUCUUUGCUUUGGCGGGAAUGAUCUUCUUCCUGCUGGUCGUGGAGCUUUUCCCGGUUGAGGUGCGGAAUGCUGGCGUGGGCUUGAGUUACAACAUUGGCUUCUGCGUCUUUGGAGGCUUUGCUCCGACCCUUUUCCAGGCAUCGCUUUCUUGGACUCCGUGGGGACCUGGGUGGCUGAUGUCAUGUGCGGGCUUUGCAUCGCUGGUGACAUUCGUCAUCAGUAUCUGGCUUCAAUCCACUGGAAAGGGAAAUCUGCAGCUCGCACAUAUCAGGCCGGAUCCAUACUUCGUCCUGCCGGGUCGAACGAUGAGCUCUGCUCAGAUGCAAAGUGGCGAUCAUGCAGACGAGCUGCUGACUGAACACCAGUCCAUCCUCUUCACGGAGGUUCUUUCAAGCUUCCUCGAUGUGGCCGAAGCACCAGAGAAGCAGGAAGCAACUGAGACCAAGGAAUCUCAGCAAUCAAAGGACUCCAAAGAUUCAGGCACCCGCGACAAAAAUGACAAAGAAGCAGUGAAGGUUUGUGAAUGGUUCCCGGUGAUGAACGUGCAGAAGAAGUUCUGCCGCCAUAAGGAGCGACAGUACUCUGUCCAGGUGGCAACUGAUCUUCUCAAAGGAGAACCCUUCGGCAGACUUCGGAGGAAGGGGUACGGUGCUAUGAUGAGAGCUCCUCCACUGUCGCUGCCAUCUGCCGUGUCCUCCCAGUUCGGAUUUCCUGCUGCUUGGUUGACUUCAAGAUCCUCUUGUAACGACGUCGCACGGAGAAGGAAUUUGGCGCCAACUCUCGAACGCUUCCCUGCCCUGAAAACCACUGGCGUUCGGCCGCCGCUGGGUGAUUUGGACGAAAUAGAUGAGGCAGACGAAGCAGCUGCCUGGGCAGCAUCCACUCCCAAGGUAACAGAUCGGCGUGAAGUGAGAGAGCCGUCUUUCAAGCUUGAUCGGCCGUGGCUUUCAGGGGCUCGACGGCCGCGACUACUCGAGCGGUCGGUUGGAGGCCUGUGCGAGGCAGCUGACGACGCAUACCUCUACGCACCAAAGAACAGGGGGUUGACCAUGAGCACAGUGUCUGUCUCCAUCAAAGGCCCGUCGGAGGCACCCAGUCGUGCGGCCACUGCAAGUCUGCGCUCUGAUGAAAAAGAGCCAAAGAAGUCGCUGAAAUCUAAGAUCAAGGAGGCCGUGAUGAACAGAAUGAACGAGCAAAAAGACGUGAUUCAGGAUGCGACAAGCCAAGCCAAAGACGCUCGACGUCAGAGGACUGAUGAUGAACGCGAGACAGGCUUCAGGCUUCACUCUGAAGCCCGGCAAUUCCAGGAUUUGGGCGACGAGGCAGCAUCGAAAAGCACUGGCUUGUGGAGACUUCACCACAAGGAGUCAAAGCGCUCCCGGCUCUCGCGUAUCACAACCUGCCGGAGGACUGAUGGGCUGCCUUUCGCAGCUCGAAUUCUGCACGAGGUGAUUCACCACUGGGCGUGUGCUUCCAGAGAUCUUGCCGCGUUUGGCCCAGACAAAAGCAUCCAGUUCGGUCUGAGCUUUGUUCGACGAGGAGGUGUGGAGCCCGCAAUUCCAUGGGGCACGUAUGGGCGUGAUGUUGUGCUCACUCUUCUGGACAACCUGCAGGCAUCUUGGGUCAAUGACUGUGACCUUACAUCUGGAGAGCUAUCCAGCCAAGAGGAUGCCCUAUGCCUUGCACUGGAGUCCGCGUCAUCGCUAGGAGGCGGAGAGGAACUGGCAGGCCACGCUGUCGAGGUGUGGACCUGCUGGCCAAGGAAGGUCGUGUGUUCUUCUGCGGCUUCAGAGCGAUUGCGCGGCUUACAGACUGCCGGAAUUGAUGGGACGGUGGUGAAGCUUGCUGACGAGUCGUUCAGGAGCUAA